CACCUUCUCCUUCAACCUUGUUGUGGCACGCUCCUUUUCCGCUUUAACCUGUCUUUCCCCCUCCUUUCCACAACCAUACACAAUGCCAUCAGGGGCUCCACCAACCUUGCCUCCGCCACCACCGCCGUAUCUGCCGCCACAACAAGCACCACCACGACCACCACCAUCGCCAACAUCAACGCUUACGCGUACCAAAACACCCACCAGUAUAGUUUUAGGGAAGUACCAAUUGGGUCGUUUGUUGGGCCGUGGAAGCUUUGCAAAAGUUCACGAGGCAACUUCACUAGAGGAUAACAAGAGCGUUGUGGCAAUUAAGAUUAUAGACAAGACAAAAACGGUUGACGCUGCCAUGGAACCGAGAAUAAUCCGGGAAGUUUCAGCUAUGCGCCGUCUUCAACAUCACCCAAACAUCCUUAAAAUCCACGAAGUCAUGGCUACAAAGACUAAGAUCUACCUCGUCAUGGAACUAGCCUCGGGUGGUGAACUUUUUGCCAAAGUGUUACGCCGUGGCCGCUUAGCUGAAUCAGCCGCACGUUGGUACUUUUCCCAACUCGUCUCCGCCCUCCAUUUCUGCCACCAAAACGGUGUCGCUCAUCGUGAUGUGAAGCCACAAAACCUUUUAUUAGACCAAAAUGGAAACCUCAAAGUUUCAGACUUUGGUCUCUCAGCUCUUCCUGAACAGCUAAACAACGGGCUUCUGCAUACAGCUUGUGGAACACCGGCUUAUACAGCUCCUGAAGUGGUUCGGAGAAAAGGGUAUGAUGGUUCCAUGGCAGAUGCUUGGUCAUGUGGGGUCAUUUUAUUUGUUUUGUUGGCAGGUUAUCUACCCUUUGAUGAUAGUAGCUUGGUGGCUAUGUAUAAAAAGAUUCAUCGUAGGGAGUUUCAGUUUCCAUCUUGGAUAUCAAAGCAAGCAAAAGCUAUAAUAUGGCAGCUACUAGACCCGAAUCCAGACACGAGAAUGAGCAUAGUAAAGUUAAUGGAAACUUCAUGGUUUAAGAGAACUUUAACAGCAUUUACCUCAUCAAACAACCAACAAGAAAGUUUGUUACAUGACAGGAAGUUAAAACAUGACAUGGUUUGUAAUGGAGUUAAUGCUUUUGAUAUUAUAUCAUUGUCUGCCGGGUUGGAUUUAUCGGGGCUUUUUGAAGGAGGGAAUGAUAAGAGGAAGGAAAAGAGGUAUACUACUUCGAUGGAGUUGGAUGGGGUGAUGGAGAGGGUUAGGGAGGUUGGGGAGAGAUUGGGGUAUAGAGUUGAGAGAGGGAAAAGAGGGGUUGUGGGAUUGGGGAAAGGGAGGGUGGUAUUGGUGGUGGAGGUGGUCGAGAUUGCAGAGUUGUUUGUUUUGGUGGAGGUGAAGGUUGUGGAAGGUGGGGUGGAGUUUGAGGAAGGGCAGUGGCUGGAUUUGGAAGCCGGCCUUGGAGACAGUUUUGUUUCUUGGGAUAGUGCUAUAGGGUGAUGGUUUUGGCUUGAAAUGUACAUGAAAGAUUUUUUUUCCUUCUUUUGGGUGCAUUCUUUAGUGUUAUUGGGGUUUCUUAUGGUCUGAAUCGAUGUAAAUGAUGAAAAUUAUAGUUUUAUUUAGUGGUUAGCAGCUGGAUAAAAGUUUAUUUUUGUUAAUUUCUUUGCAAUUUUCCAUAAACUUUCCAGAAUUUGAUGUAGGACUGUUAUGUUUCUACAAUUGGAAUCAAUUCCACAAGCAGGAGAAGGCUGGAAUAGAAAUUUUGAAAAAAAAAAAAAA